AUGCCCCAGCUGAUCGCUCUCUUCCCAGACGAAGAGAACAGCACGUCGGCCCCCCCGCCUUGGGUGACACAAAAACAGCACAUCCUGCAAGCGACAACCUUCAAAGCCCUGCCACCAAGAGGACGACGCCACGUGCUGCUGCAGGUGGAGCUGGCAACGGAAAACACAGAGCAGCACAGCAUCGCCGCCAACCAAGAAGCGGCAACCAGCGAAGACGAGGAGAGCAGCCAGACAGGCAAAGAGCUCAACAAAAGCUACAGCAUCACGAUCUUCGGAGGCAUCUACGGCUUUCGCGAGCUCUUCGACGCGGCCAACAUCCAGGGCGGCCUCGUUCCACAGCCCGACGGAACAAAAGACGAGUACGUGCGACACCUCAAGGUUACCCCGACGGACGAAGGCCGGAGCAAGCUGACGGCGAUCCUCGAGCAAGUCCUGCUGCGAAUUCCUGUCUACUUGAUCGAUCAGACGGACCAGCAGGACGACCCAUUCGUCAACUGGCUCCUCGGGCAGCCCUCGGUGUACAUGGGCGAAAAAUCAUCGCAGUCGACCUGUAGGACAGACGCGCCCGACGAUGCCGCCCAUCGCAACAAAAUCUCGGUGAUGCAGCAGAGGCUGCAAUGGGGCCGUCGAAGAAAUCGUCGGCAACUCCCUUUCAAGAAAACGAUCAAGAAGAAGCUGGAACACAUCAUCAGACAACGUUGGAAAGACGAACACGAGUACACGAACGCCGCAUCACUGCGGUCCUUACUGCUGCGCUUACUGUGCGAAGAAAAUCAAGGGGAGCAGAAGAACAUUCAGAGGGAAGCAGCAUGGAACCAGCUCCUGGCCCGCAUCAUGGCAGGAAGGACACAGCCAACGAUCGGUUCCACGAAGAGGAAGCGCUUCAGCGCUGGAGGAAUCACGCUCAAGGCAGCCGCGAAGACAAACGACGCAUCAAUGAACGGGGACGGUUCGGAGCUGGUGGCCACGGUCAGGCGCUGGGGCACAACCUUCGGUGUUUUCGAGGACGGUUCCACAACAGAGCCGCUCUGGCAAAUACAAGUCGCACACGGAGGCCGCCAAGCCUUCGGAUACAACUUGCUCGCCACGUGCCGGGAAGCGUUGCAGGAGGACCCCAACAGCAACGUCCGAGACCUGCCGCAGCUGGAAGCGCACCUACACGUCAAAGUCCUCAUCGGAGCCCCUCCUAUGUCGGGCCCCGCAGAUCCAGAUGGCGUGGGCAUAAGAGACUGGCAGCCCGUGCUCUACGCGCCCACACCACACGACGGGCUGAAUCUGGUGAGUUUCAUCGUCCGCCACAAGGUAACGACCGGGCAAAUCCUCCAGCUACCCCACUUCAUAGCACUGUGCCCGGAAGAGGAAGUGGCGGUGUCGGUCCCCGAUCCCUGGAUCGUGCACGACAGCCACCCCCUGCAGCACCAGCCGUUCCGAGCACUCCCGCCCCGAGGCCGCCGCCAUGUACUGCUACAAGUAGAACUCGACCCAGCGGCCCUGCCACCGAGCGACGACGGCGACUCCAUCGGAGAACAAGACGCAAAGCCCGAGUACAGCCUCAUGAUCUUCGGGGGCAUCUAUGGAUACCGCGAGCUCUUCGACGCGGCCAACAUCCAAGGCGGCACCGUGCCCAUUCCCGACAGUGCAAAAACCGAGUACGUCCGACAUCUCAAGCUCAAGUUCUCCGAGGACCAGAAGCACAAGCUCACGAAUGUCCUAGAGCAGGUCCUGCUGAACGUGCGAGAAGGCAAAGUAGCCAACGCGGAAUUUCUAACAUGCACUGCCUACAAGGAUCGGUCGAAGGCCCGCAGGUCUCCACGACGCGACAUCGUUCGAGGGCUCUUCGCAGUCCGAGAACCACCAAAGCCCAACACCGAAGAACAACGCUAUCUCCUGCGUGCAGAACAACGGGAGCUGCGCCGCUAUCUCCGGAACAACCCAUGCCCUUCCAAAAGGCUCAUACAACAAUGGCUUCUCGGUAUGGCAACCACACCCAUCACAGAAAGCUCCCCAAUACCAAGCUUCACGUGGGUCAUGGAAAGCAUGGGAUGGAAAUACGAGCAUCUCGGCUGGUUUCACUACCGCUCCCUCACAACCCUCUGGACGACCGGCACCAUUCGAACAGCGGACGCCUUCGACGCACAACGCAAGACCGGCAUCCAGCUCUACCGACGAGGCGGACGAGCAUGCAUGCAGUUCAACUACUACGUCCUCCACUACACGAUGUGCGGACAGCACUUCAUCCACGACCCCCCCAUAGCCGCCUUCGGCUUCUGCAGCCACAUCGAGAAGGCGGAACUACAUCUGCACCGAGAUCAAGCUCUCCGCAUCACGCUGUACUGGCACCUCGACCCGGCACUGCAGGAACGGAUCGCAGCCGAGCUCUGGUACGAAUCUUGCCGGACGUGGUGGCAGGGCUGGUCCAGAAGCGGCUCACCCGCACAGUACGUGCAACAGUCCAGACUGCGGAUGAUCCGAAGCGCGGCCCACCACACACUGCAUCCAGCCCGCAUGCUAUCACUGAGCACCACCUUCGCCAUUCCUGCGAGCCGGCUGAGACUCCAGAGAGCACAUGUGCUUCUGCUGGAAGCCUGCGCGAGCGACAUGUUCGACACCAUCAACACCAUCGCGGAAGAGGGGCCCGCAACAGCUGCCACGACAACCACGACUUGCCCGGCCACUGCAGAACCCGACGCCGAGAAACAAGAUCCAGAUUGCCAAGCCACUCAAUUGAUGCCACCGGUCAAGGUCCCAGAAACUUCUCAUCGCAAGCACGGUGAACCACAAAGUCACGCAAACAACCAGGCUCACGCCCGGCACGCAAAGAACAGAAACGCCACCAAGGACACGGCGGGCGAAGCACAAGAACAAGGCCAAGAGAUCCUGCCGUCGACCAUGACCGCAAUCAAGGCCACCGAGCAGGGGGACUCUGAAAAUGCCCAGCACGCCGACGACAAACACGAGAGCCCCACCGGCAUGCCCAUGCUGGGAGAUCGCAUCAUGGUUACCAACGAAGCCUGGCUCGCUGUCAUUCUCAGCGGUACAAAGAGCAUGGAAGUGCGCAGAGCGCCAGUACAAACGGGGCCAACCUGGAUUGGCCACGAAGGCCAAAUCUAUGCAUCUGCAAACAUCACAGAAUGCAGGGAGCUGUCGGAGGAGGACUACGAAAAGAGCAGAGCGCAGCACCUACACCUAAGCAGAAUGAAAACCGGAGACAGACUCUACGGCCUGCUCCUGACCGACAUCGUCCAGCUAACCCCGCCAGUGGAGUACUACCGACGGCCCACACGAUCAAUCUGGGAGGUCUUCAAGACAGGACCAGACGACAAGCUUCCUCGCGGAAAAGCUGCCAAACGACACCUACACAUGCCUGCCCUGCAAGAUCACGAGACUGGCGUCGAGAACAAGGACAACUCCACCCACACCAACACUGCAGAAGAAGAAGAAGAUGAUAAUGAUGAUGAUCAGGAUGACAUUAAUGAUGAAAAAGGAGGCCCUCCGCAAGAACUGCACGAGCACGACUACGGCUACACGCUGCAGGAAGAAGUGCACCAAUUCGUCCAGGCAGUCAUGCACCAAGAACUCGAACCCGAACAGCUCAAAUGGUGGCAAGACACUUUGAAGGAACGCUGCCGCUACCACCGCUUCCCAUGUCGAGCCUGGUUCGAGCUCGUGUACCAGUGGCACCCUCCAACAACGCCCGCGCAACCGGCACCAGACCAGGGAACUCAAAGGCCCUGGGCACAGCAAGUUGUGGAAGACGGCGUCUCGCGAGCGCAGAGCUUGCAAACUCGCACAAGUCCGACGACCUACAGCAUCCCGUGCUACGUCCCCGUCCUGCUGAACUACGAGCGCAACGGUUCCCCCUCGCAAAGACCUGAAAUUCGCUUUCACAGACUCUGA